GAGAAACUGAAUACCAUGAGAAUAAUUUCACCGAAGCUAGUUUGUUUAUAAACAGACAUGAAAAGAAAUUGAUUGAAAAAGGAAGCAAAAGAGAUGGAUUUAUUUAUUAUGUUAAUAUGAAAGCUUUACAAGAGGAAGGAAGUUAUUAUUUUGAUGGAGAUGGUUAUUUCCCUACUGUUCCCCAUGAAACGGCUCAUGCUGACCCAGCAGUCCAUCGUCAUCCUAAUUAUCAGCCUUUUAGUGAAGUUUAUAAUAAGAUUUAUCACCUUACUAAUAAUCCUUAUAAAUUCCCUAAAAAUAAUGGCUCAGCAGAUUUUAUUCCUCUCCCUAAAAGAUUUGCCGAAAUAAUUACCGAAUUUAAAGCAGCCAUUCAAGAGCAAAAAGACGAAGAAAGACCCGAAACCGAAAGAACCCAAGCCCAAGCCCGAAUAAAUGAAAUCUACCAAGAAAUUAAAGCACUUAUUCAGUCCCAAAUUACAGCCUCAGAAAACUCUUUUAUAAUUUUUACCCCUGAAAUACUAGCCACCGAGCAAGAAAAGCAAGUCCGAGUUCAGCAACUAAUAGAACAAAUCCAAAAACCGACCGGAGAUGAAUUAAUUUUGGAAGGAACCGAAGCACCCGAACCUUACCGAGAAAUAUACUUAUUAGAAGAGGAAAAAAUCCAAUUUAUUAAAAACUUAAAAUUAGGAUUAACUAAAAAAACAGUUAGCCAAUUCCGAAGGCUAAAUGCUACUUAUUUAAAUGAUAGUGAAGAAGUAGAAGAAUUAUUAAAAGAAUGGGAAGAACAGAAAAAUAUUUUAUUAGAUAGAAAAAAUAUUUGUUUCAUUUUAGAAAAUAAUGACCAGCAUUUAAAAUUUUGUUAUCAGCCUCCCCGAGUCCAAAGAAGUUUUUUUAUUCACCAUUACCCUCAAUUUUUUAGCCAAGGAGCCAACGGAAUAAUCCAUAAUUCUCCUAAAUUUGGAAACAAAGAUGAAAUUUGCCAAUGCCCAGCCUUUUUAGAAUCUACUGAAUAUGUAGAAUUUGAAAGUGAUUGGCAACCAGAAUACAAAUUAUUUAAAUUAAAAAACUGGUUAGGAGGAAUGUAUGGGUGUGAAUUAGUAAACAAACCUUACGGACAAACUAAAAGAUAUCGGACUUUUCACACCAUGGAUUUAGAAGAGGUAGGAGUUAUGACUGAUAUGAAAACCGAGAAAAUUAAAUUUAAUGGUUUAGCCGAUAAAAAAAUCCACGAAAGCAAUUUAGAUGAAAUGGAUUUAGACAAUUUUAAAGUGUCAGUUCGGGCUAAUCCAGCUGGGAUUAUGUAUCGGUUUGAAAGCAAAAAAGUAUUAUUUAGAUAUAGUGAAGAUUUAAACUUUACUUUGGAGGCUGAUAAACUAUCCAGUAUGGUUCUAAAUGCCGGGGCUAAAAUAGUAGAUGGUUUUUGUAAAUAUUUUGCCGGGACUGAGGCCGGAGCCAAAGAUGCUGUAAAAGAUACCGGAGAAGAGACCAAAAAAUAUUUACACAGUGGCAAGAGUGAAAAAAGUAAAGAUGAACGGCAAGGAGAAAGAAAAAAAACUUUGGCUUCGGCUACUAGUAGCAUUAUGCAAAGUGUAAUUGGUUCCAUUCCUUCCCUUUUAGAUGCUUCCCAUACUCACGGCAAUUAUUCCUUAGGAGAAAUUGCUUUACGUGCUUUAAAAAAAAGUGGUAAUCAAGUUUUUAACACUCCUAAAAUUGGUAAUAUUUUUAAAAAAGGCUACUGGAAAAUAGUGCCUAAUAUUUUUGAAGGAGACCGAGAGGGCUUUUUUGCUGGGAUAUUUAGCAAGGGAGUAUAUUUAUAUGAAGAAACUCCCGAAGAAUACUUUUUAGCAAAGGGAGAGAGUGGCAAUUACCAAAGGAAGAUUUUAAAUAAAGACCCUGUGCUAAUUAAUACUACUAUCCAAGUUAAUCAUAAAAGUGCUGUCGGUCGGGAUAAUCAGGGAAGACACAAAAUAAAAAAAGAUGACACGAAUGCUUGGAAAUUUGAUGAUAUUACUGGCCGAGUAGAAAUUACCGAAAAAAUCGGCAACCCUGAUGCCAUUGAGGAUGAAAAACAAGAAGAAUUAGAACCCGAAGAGCAAAAAAAUAAGGACAAACAAAAACAGAAGCAGAAACAAAAAGAAAGGCAACCCGAGGAAGAGGAUGAACCCGAAUAUAGUGGAAACAAAGAAAAAUAA